CGCUUGUGUUGCUCUGUUUCCGUUACUUUUGUGUCGGUUGCGUGGGGAUCGGUUGGAAUGUGGACGUUGUGAGUUGAACAGUGCACAUGCGAAAAUGGAUAAAAUUUUCGAAACGGCUCCGUCGUCGCGGAACAUGUCGCCACGUUACACGACGCCAUCGAAUACCACGACCUUUUCCAUAGAAAACUUGAUAGCGAGCAGAAAUUCACUGAGUGCGCGUAAGGUUGAAAAUGUAUCUCCCGUUCCGGCGGUCCAUCCGCGUCUGGAUACAGCGGAUCACACUGAUCGGUUAAACUACCCAAUGGACGCAUUUGCCCCUGUCGCGAACCUUAGCUUCGCGAAUUUCCCAAUGUAUAACCCGUGGAUGGGCUACUUGAGUCAGACUCAUGAGCGGUUAGCACAGUUAUUUUCGUAUGGGACUAUGGCAGGUUCUGAACAAAGACAGAACCUAGCGAACCUAGUUGCCCCGGGAGGGUACGACAGAUUAGCCCCUGACAGGAUGGACCCUCGGAUACUACUGGGUCACCCUGCACUAGGUAGUGAGAAGCUUUCCAGCUUCAUGGCUGGUGGCAAUGGUGAAAACCUCGCAAACACAAAAGUGUCUAAAUUAGUCAUAAAUGUCGGAGACUGUGAAAAUUAUUUCGGAGAUAGUGCGUGCAGUGAUGAGAACCGAAGGAACGAUGCAAAAACUGAGAAUUAUGCAAGGAGUGAUACGGAAAAGAAUGAGGAGUUCGAGGAUAGUGCCGAUUCGUCCAGUGAUAUAAGUUUAACUAUGUCUCCAAACGCGGAGAGUAAAAAUAAUGAUUGUCCGUCAGAUAGCGAAGAUUAUUCUGAAGAUGGAAAUACAGUUCUCAACAUGUCUGGUGGUAACAGCUUUUCCGAUAAAUCAUCCCAGGAUAAUGGUGGAGGAAGUAAUUCAAAGUCAAGGCGGCGACGUACAGCGUUUACAUCAGAACAAUUGCUAGAGCUGGAGCGGGAGUUCCAUGCGAAGAAGUAUCUUAGCCUUACCGAAAGAAGUCAAAUCGCGACUAGUUUGAAACUUAGUGAAGUUCAGGUAAAAAUUUGGUUUCAAAAUCGUCGUGCGAAGUGGAAACGUGUUAAAGCUGGCCUUACUUCCCACGGUAUCAGCAGAACAGGUACCGGAACUAGUGGAACAAAGAUUGUAGUCCCAAUACCAGUUCAUGUGAACCGAUUUGCAAUACGCUCUCAGCACCAGCAGAUGGAGAAAAUGGGUCUAACUGGACCUAAGCCGGACUUGCGACGAAAUCCUGCGCUAGACUUGAGCGGAUUCGAGAAGUUUGGAUCGCAUAAAGACGCCGCACCGCCACCAUUGCCACCGCCGACCCAUUGGCCACCUAUCAGUGAUUGCAAGGACAACGUUUAGGAAGAGACCAGAUGAGGUGUCUUUCAUUGUUUUCAAUUACUGCAUAUUGUACAUAUUUUGAGAGUAAACUAGGCUAUUUAAAGUGAAGGAAAAGAAAAGACGAAAAAUGUAAAUAUUUCAAGAUUAUUUUGCUGGAGUUAUGAAAUAUUAAAUGACGAAUGUUUUAUACCAUGAAA